AUGUCACAAUUUAUAUUAAUAAUCAUAUUAUUGCUACCAAUAAUUGUUGAAUUGAAAGAACAUUGGUCUUAUGAAAAUAUUACAAUAUGGUCACAUGAUAAUCGUUAUUGUGGUGGAAAUUUACAAUCACCAAUUGAUUUACGUUUUAAUAAAUCACAUAUUGAUCGUCGUCUUAAAGCUAUGUAUUUACAAAAACAAAAUUCUCAUGAUUCACUGCAACUUAUCAAUAAUGGUCACACAGCUCAACUUAAUUUAAAAAAUCAUUUUGUAUUAAAAAAUGUUGCUCCGGCAAGUGAAGAUUAUCGAGUAGAACAAAUACAUUUUCAUUGGGGUCAUGCAAAUGAUGAUGUUAAUGGAUCAGAACAUUUACUUGAAGGACGAUCAUAUCCAUUAGAAAUGCAUAUGGUAACUUAUUCAAGUUGGUUUUCAAACAUUCAUGAAGCAAUGUCGAAUACACGUGCACUUGCUGUUGUGGGUGUUUUCUUUGAACUUAGUUUUGAGUCAAAUCCAUUUCUUCAACCAAUAAUUAAUGCAUUAGGACGUAUUCGAGAUAAUGGUAAACAUGUUGUUAUUAACGAAAAUUUCAAUUUAAAAGCUUUAAUUGGUGAAAAACGUAUGCGUCGUUAUUAUCGUUAUGAUGGUUCAUUAACAACUCCACCUUGUUAUGAAUCAGUCAUAUGGAGUGUUUUACAAGAACCAUUACAAUUAUCAUCCGAACAACUUCAAGCUUUUCAACGUUUACAUGGAGAAAAAUCUGUAUUAAUGAAAAAUACAUAUCGAACAAUACAAUCUAUUGGUUCAAGAAAAUUAUUUCGUAGUUUUACUUCAGAAAAUAUUCAUGAUGAUGAAAUCAAGAAACAAAUAUCAUCAUCAACAAGCUAUGGUCAAUAUUUAUCUGUUAAUAUGAAAUUUCUUUUUGUUUUAAUGAACCUUUUAAUGCUUAUUGCCUGA